AUGGAGUCUCUGGCUGGUUACGUGUACAAGGCAGCCAGCGAGGGUAGAGUGCUGACCCUGGCCGCCCUGCUGCUCAAUCACUCGGAGGCAGAGACUCGGUACCUGCUCGGGUAUGUGACCCAGCUGUCCGGGCAGAGGUCCACCCCACUGAUCAUCGCUGCCAGAAACGGACACGAGAAGGUGGUUCGUCUGCUGCUGGACCACUACCGCGUGGCCACCGAGCAGACCGGGACCGUGCGCUUCGAUGGGUAUGUGAUAGACGGAGCCACUGCUCUGUGGUGUGCUGCUGGAGCUGGACACCUGGAGGUGGUGCGGCUGCUGGUGGAGCAUGAUGCUAACGUGAACCACACGACGGUCACCAACUCAACGCCGCUGCGCGCCGCAUGCUUUGACGGGCGCCUGGACAUUGUGCGCUUCUUGGUGGAGCACGCGGCCGACAUCAGCAUCACCAACAAGUACAACAACACGUGUCUGAUGAUCGCCGCCUACAAAGGCCACGCUGACGUGGUGCGCUUCCUGCUGCAGCGCGGCGCUCAGCCCAACGCCACGGCGCACUGCGGAGCCACCGCACUGCACUUUGCUGCAGAGGCGGGGCAUCUGGACAUUGUGAAGGAGCUGGUGACGCAGCAGGCCGCCAUCGUGGAGAACGGCCACGGCAUGACUCCCCUGAAGGUGGCAGCAGAGAGCUGUAAGGCGGAGGUGGUGGAGCUGCUGCUUGAGCAUGCAGACUGUGACCCUCACAGCAGGAUCCAGGCCUUAGAGCUUCUCGGAGCCUCCUUUGCUAAUGACCGAGAGAACUACGACAUCCAUAAGACCUACCACUACCUGCACGCCGCCAUGAGCCAGCGCCACAGAGACCAUGUCCUCAAGCAGAGCCUGCCCCCGGUGGAGGCCUACGGCAGGCGCAGGGAGUGUGAGACUCUGGAGGAGCUGGAGAACAUCCGCACAGACCGAGACGCGCUGCACAUGGAGGGCCUGAUGAUCCGUGAGCGUGUGCUGGGCUCCGACAACAUGGACGUGUCUCACCCCAUCAUCUACAGAGGCGCCGUGUACGCCGACAGCAUGGAGUUCGAGCGCUGCAUCCAGCUGUGGCUGCAUGCGCUGCAGCUGCGCCAGCGCGGCCACAGAAACACUCACAAGGACCUGUUGCGCUUCGCCCAGGUCUUCUCUCAGAUGGUGCAUCUGCGUGUCUCUCUGAGCGCUGCCGCCGUGGAGCAGGUGAUGAGCUGCGCGCUGCUGGAGAUACAGCGCAGCGUGAGCCGCCUGGAGGUGGCGCCAGAAGCGGAGCUGCCGCAGGCGCAGGACAAUUAUGAGUCUAACAUCUUCACCUUCUUGUAUCUGUCCUGUAUCUCCACCAAAUGCAGCUGCAGCGAGCCGCAGCGCGCCCGCAUGAACAAACACAUCUACGACCUGAUCCAGCUCGACCCACGCUCUCGUGACGGAUCCACGCUGCUGCACCUCGCCAUCAGCUCGUCCACUCCGGUCGACGACUUCCACACCAACGACGUGUGCAGCUUCCCCAACGCGCAGGUCACCAAGCUGCUGCUGGACUGCGGCGCUGCAGUGAACGCCGUGGACCACGAGGGCAACACGCCGUUGCACGUCAUUGUCCAGUACAACAGACCAAUCAGCGACUUCCUGACGCUGCACGCCAUCAUCAUCAGCCUGGUAGAGGCGGGCGCUCACACAGACAUGGCCAACAAGCAGAAGAAGACGCCACUGGACAAGAGCACGACCGGAGUGUCGGAGAUCCUCCUAAAGACGCAGAUCAAGAUGAGCCUCAAGUGUCUGGCGGCGCGCGCCGUUCGGCUGCACCACAUCACGUACCGCAACCAGAUCCCCAAGACGCUCGAGGAGUUCGUGGAGUUCCACUGA